AUGGCAGGUCGCUUUUUGGACAGCAGCAGCCUGGCCUUGGUGGCUGAGCCCUCAGCCACCCUCAGAUGCCCCAGCUCUGCCCCAGAGCUGCCCCCAAAAGCAGCUAGCCCUGUGGCUGACCCCAGCCAGGAGUGGAAAGUGGUGAAGAUCCAGCGGGUCCUCAUCAACCCCACCAGUGAGCCGAGGAAAGCAGCUGGCUGGGCAUCAAAUAACCCUUCUCCCAUGCAGCUCCUGCAAGAGAAGAGGGUGCACCCAAAAUCGUACAGGGGUGAACCUGAGAGGGCGGAGCUGCCGCAACUUUCCUGCCCGCCGCCUCCUCCCCGGUGCAGUCGGGCUGCGAGGGGCGGCGGCGGCACCGGCACCGCGGGUCUCUCCCGCAGCGCCAGCCUCUCCGAGAAGGAGCUGAAGGAGGCGAAGGCGCGGAGCCAGAGGAUCGCGGCGCAGCUCACCGCGGCUCCCGGCCCCAGCUCCAAGGGCGUCCUGCUCUUCAACCGCCGCAAGCAACGCGUCGACGGGCUCACCGGGGACGGGCAUGACCGGGGGCUGCCGCUGAGCCCCGCUCCCCGGCCUCGGCCAGCGGCCAUGGAGGAGGGCGAGGGGCAGGGGAUGAAGCCAGAGCACAGCACCCCGGGGGAGGGGCUGCGGGCGAACGCCUCCCCAUGCUGGGAGCCACCAGUCGAAGCUCAGCAAGUCCCUCUUAGCGUCUACCUGAAGGAGAACAUGGCAUCGGCCUCCACCAACGGCGUGCGGGAGCGGGCAGCUGGUGGGAUGGAGAGUGGGGCAGGGGGAUGGGGGGAUGUGGGAGCCCCUGCGGGGCUGAGCACAGCAGCUCUUGCUCUGCCACAGAGCCCCAGGGAGGGGAAGAACGGCCAGGUGCCCAGCGAGGGGCCUGGGAAGGGGCCCAGCAAGGUGCCCAGCGAGGUGCCCAGUGAACCAGCAGGAACGGCCACAGGGAUGACAUCGCCAGCCAGCCAGGAGCAGAACGGGGCUCAGGGCCGGCAGUACUACGAGGUCCAUCUCACCCUGGCCAAGCCCAAGCCUGUGAAGAACCGGACGGCCAGACCUUUUGGCACCCAGGCAUCCCCUGCCAGCAGCCAGCCCACGGAGGGACCCCCUAACACCGAGCUGCCCCCACCACCCACCUAUGCAGAGACCCUGAGCAGCCCCCCGCCACUCACCCGCGUCCGCUCUCCCCCUGCCUACUCAGCCCUGUACCCACCCCAGGAGCAGAAGAUGCUACCAGGUCACCCCCUGGGCUGCAGGGUGAGUGGACCCAACCCCCUGCCCAAAACAGGGAUCCUGGAGGAAUCGGCAGCCCGGAGAGCUAAUAAAAAGUCCAUGUUCACCUUUGUUGAGAAGCCAAAGCUGGGCCCCAACCCUGAUCUGCUGGACCUGGUCCAGAGCGCGGACAGCAGGAAGAAGCAGAAGGAACUGGGGGAGCCCAGUGCCGAGGAGGAGCCCUUCGCUCUUGGGGCUGAAGCUGCCAACUUUGUCCCCAACAGCGUGGCCAGGGCUGGGCAGCCCCUCCCGCCGGCUGACGAUGCUCCAGCGUGGUCCUCCUGUCUCAAGUCCCCCACCAUCCAGCCCAAGCCGAAGCCACAGCCCAGCCACAACCUCAGCGAAGCCAGAGGGAAAGGGGCUGAGCUCUUUGCCCGCCGGCAGUCCAGGAUGGAGAAGUUCAUCAUCGAGGCUCCCUCUCAGCCCGAGCUGCUGCGGUCCCCAUCACCCACCAUGUCCCUGCCUCCCUCCUGGAAGUAUGAUGCCAAUGUGUGCCUGUCACCCAUGGUCUCCAGACACGCCUCCAAGAGUCCCUCCAGGCCCUCCAAAACCCCCCCGGCAUCUCUGUACAGCAGCAACCUGAUGGAGAACGAGGUCUCCCAGAAGGAGCUAGAGAUCUCCAAGCACCAGCCUUACCAACUCCAGUCUUCACUCUUCAUCCUCUCCCCAUCCAAGGGGCCAGUGAGGUCCAUGCCUCGGGAGAUGCCUCCACCCAGACCCUCUCUUCCUGAAGCCUACCCUUACCCUCAGCAAACCUCCUGCCUGACCUCUCCAUUGCCUCCUUCCCCUGUUUGGCAUCCCCCUGCUGUGCCCAGUGCUGACCAGACCACCUCCAGCCCUUUCCCCAGCACCACUGGGGCACUGCCCCUGACUCACAACAGCCAUGCCAAUCCUGGAGCCCCCACCGAGGUGCUGCUGGCCUCCCCAUGCCGCCUGCUGCCCCCCCGAGCAAAGGGGGGCUUCCAGGCCCCCCGGCCCUCCUACUCCACCAGGAACGCCGGCAUUGAGCCACAGGAAAGGCGGCCGUCCCUCCCUGCCUCACCCACCUGGACCCCCCGGCUGGCGCGAUUCCCGGGCAGCCUGGACGGCUGGGCCAGCCCAGCCUCGGUGCUGGAGCUGGAGGAGGGACCCCCCAUGUCCCCUCCGUGGAGCGAGAGGUCCCUGUCCCCGCUGCGGCAGGAUGCAGACCCCCGGGCCAGCCGGCAGAUGCAAGCACGGCUCGCCAGGAACAUCAUCAAUGCUGCCCGGAGGAAAAGCUCCUCUCCCAAAGCUGUGGGGCCAGAGGGUUCCCGGCCUUUCACCCCCAUCUCCACCGGCUCCCACAGCCUGCCCCAGUCCCCCCGGCUGCUGAGGCCAGAGGGCUCCAGAGCCCAGGCACUGCAGGCUGCCAGCAGCGUGCUGGGGAGCCUGGGCAGCCCCUCACCCACCCACAAGAGCCCCCUGCGCUCACCUCGGGCAGACGGUCCCCGAUUUUGUGCCUCCACCUGGGCAGAAGGUCGCCAGCUCCUGCUGCCACCUAGCGUGUCCUCCUGCCCUGUCCCCGGGCUGUCCUCCAGCCCCAAGACCCUGCUGCCAUCCCCCGUGGUGGGCGGGCGGUCCCCAGCCAAGCGCUGCACCUCCCGCUCCCCCACGGACUCGGACGUCUCCCUCGACUCCGAAGACUCGGGGGCCAAGAGCCCGGGGAUCCACAGCUUCAACCUCUGCCCCCGGGGCUGGACCGGCAGCCUGCGGCUGAAGUCGGGAGGGCUGCCCUCGGGGGCCCCCUGCACCUCCUAGAUGAGCCACCAUCAGUCGAGCCACCCUGUCCCCAGCCCUGCCAGCCUGGGCAGUGCGUGCGCUGAUUCCCCCCUGCCCCCCGCUGGGAACACCCCAACCAUCAGGGCUGUGGUCCCCAAAAACGAGCGUCCCCAUGUCCCCUCAGGGUGCCGGUGGGAUCAGGUGCCUCCCUCCUUCCCAACAUCCCGUGGCCCUGCUCUAUUUUUACCAGCCUAACCUUUUGGGACAGGACUGCCCGGGCAGGGGGGCAGCCAGCCCCUGCCACACCACGCAGCAGGGAUGAGGACUGGCUCGCUGGUCCCCUGGGAGCCCCCUGUCCCCAGCAUUGGGGUGUCACAGACCCCAGCACCCCACAGCUCCACUUUCCUGGGUAACAUGGCCAGGGGGGUCAUGGUAUAUCCAGUGCUGAGGGGGUGCUGUGGCCAGGGCAUCCUCUCCCAGCCUCUCCCACCCUCUCCCAGCCUCCAUAUCUGGCUGGUUUCAAUUGAAACAGACCCUGGGGAGGAAAAGUUCAUUUUUGUAUUCCAGCCCCCCCAGUUCUUCAUUGCCUUUUUUUUUUCUUCUUCACUUUUGAUCCAUUUUCAAAGAAAUUCCCCCAAAUCCUUACCCAGUAACCAAAAAAAAGAGCCAAAGUUAUUUAUUGCCAUGUCAGGGGAACCAUUUACAGGUGCCCUCCCACCCUGCCUAAGCAAAGAGGGACAGCCCCAUCCUGCACCCUGUCCCCAGCCUCAGGCUCAUCCUAUCCCUGUCCCCACCCCUGCGGGAUGGAGGGACACAGGGGGACCGGUGGGUGUUGUGGCAGCCAGGGUGGGUGGGGGGAUGAGGGGGACUGCAGGGGGGGUGAAGGAAGCAUUACAGGUUGCAGAGGGUUUGAAGGAGGUGUCAGUGCAGGAGGUGAUGCUAAGAGUGUCUUGGAAACAAGCUGGUGUCCCCACGGGAGCCCUGCGAGGGGCUGGGGGUGGGCAGAGGCCCCCUGAGGGCAGCUGUGUCAGAGGGAGGCUGGUGCUGGUGGGGAGAGGAGGGGGUCAGGGUGGACACAGUUACAUGGCAGAGCCUGAGGAGAGCCGUGGGUGCCCAGGAGGGUGAUGGGUCCCCAAAGCACUAGUUCCCCCCCACCAGGGGUGAGGAGGAGCACCAAGAAAGGAGGAUGUGUUUGGGCUGUUGGGGUUUGGGAACCCCUCUUUCCACAGGACAUGCUGUCAGAGCCAGCCCAUCCCUGUCCCCCAGGGUCCCCCCACCCUGCAGCACACACACUUCCAACCCCCCCCCCCCCCCCUCCACUGGCCACCAUGACCCACCUUUGCCACACAGUUGUAACCCAGCUCAGAAAUAAACUGCCGCUAUCA